AUCUCUCUCUAUUCGACGUCCCAACAUUUGAAAUCCUGAAAUUAUGAGUUUUCGUGACCCCAAUCCAUUGAGCUCACCCGAUACCAAUUCUGAUCCUAAGAGUUUCGCCAUAAACAGCAAAAUCAUGCUCACCACCACUGUCAUAAUCUUCUUUAUCCUCGUUUUCAUGGUUUCUCUCUACUUCUACUCUCGCCGCUCGAAUCCCAGUCGUCACAUUACCGUCGCGAUUACUUUUUUGGCUGAACCUUCCUCCACCGCCGUUGUCACCACUCACAGCGGUCUUAACCCUUAUGUCAUCAAAUCUCUUCCUAGUUUCACGUUCUCCGCCGCAACUGCAGAAACCACCAUCGAAUGCGGGAUUUGCCUAUCGGAGUUUGAAGAUAACGAUUCUGGUAGGAUUUUGCCAAACUGCAAACACAUGUUUCACGUUAACUGCAUUGAUAUGUGGUUUCAUUCUCAUUCAUCUUGUCCUCUAUGCCGAUCACUUAUUGAGCCUUUCGUCGGAGGAGUUAGGUAAAUCGACGGUGGAAGAAGUUUUGGUUUCUACGUGCAUUCAACGUGGUUCCUGCUGAAGACCAAAGUUUCAAAACCUCAACUGUUUGAACAUAUAUUAUUGUGACUGCCACGUGGACGUAUAUUAGUUGUUCUCAAUUUAUUAUAUGUUCUUCUUUUUCAAUUAAUGUAUUAAGACUUUUUAGGAGUUUAAGAUGCAUGCAUGCAAGUAGAACAAAAAUCUUUUUCGAUUUUAUUUUUAAAAAUUGAUUAAUUACUCUAGUUACGAGAUCUAGUUUGACGCAUUAAACGUUUGCUUUUUGUUGUCAUAACAUUUUUCAAGGUCUCGUCACUUGUGUGUUGUGUACAGAAGUGAUAAUGGA